ACACUCUUUCUUUCGUUUAUUCUUCUUAUUUUUCAACCUUUUACCUUUGUUGUUGUUUUUUUCCGUCUUCUGUUGCUGCUUAGACAUUUUUGGUUUCGAUACUUUUCAUAGACGGUUUUGUUCGUUUCUAUAGGUCACCAAAUCAGAAAGACCUCGUCAUUUUCAUCAUUCCCUGCCUCCACCUCCCUUAAGUCAUCACCUUUACCCCUUGAAUUUCAAUAUAAAACAUGGCAAACUAUUACCAUACACAACAGCCUCAAUCACCUUUAUACACAUCGUACUAUCAAGAUCCAUUGACUGGUAAUGAUAAUCAAUAUCACGCUUCCUAUCAUCAACCUAACUACAACAACAACAAUGCCUUUGCAAUGCAUGAUCUUCCAACAGCCAACUAUUAUCCGGAAUAUAAUGCAAAGCAUUACCAUUCGAACCUCUCAACAACAGGCCAUGAUGACUAUCAUCCACAGCCAACUCACACCCUACCUAUAGAAGGCCCUAUAGCCCCAGAUCCGUACCAUAACGAGAAAAGGUAUUCUCGAGUCGAUCGUCAGCCUCGACAUACAUGUUGUGAUACGAUUUGUUGCGGAUGCUGUACAUGCUGUCCGAAAUGGUGCCGUUGGUUCACCUGUAUUUUGUUUUUGAUCAUUGUGGCAUUAGGCAUCGUCGUCGGCGUUCUGGCGGCGUUAUUUAAGCAACCUUCUGUAGAAUUCACAGGUAUAAAAGGCGAGCCAACAUUUGGACUCGUAGGCAAUAAUGUCAAUCUGAAUCUAUCCUUGGGUUUUUCUGUCAAUAAUCCAAACAUUGAAAGUGUAACAUUCAAGUCAUUAAGCGCAAAGGCCUACUAUCACGGUGAUUCUACAGAGCUAGGAGGAGGUACACUCAACGACCUUCAUAUAGGUUCCAAUGCAGUCACCAACAUCUCAUUCCCCUUCAACAUGUCCAUGGAUAUUAUGGCAUCUGGGACACAGGCUGUCGUUUACAAACUACUGUCCGAUUGCGGUAUUUUGGGCGGAUCUCCUAAAGAUAUUUCAAUUGAUUAUAAAGUGAUAGCCACUGUCAGCAUUAUAGGAAUAUCUAUCAAUGUGCCUUACUCCAACAGCGUGAACGGUAUACAAUGCCCUAUUGAAGCGAAUCAACUUGAUUUAUUAAACAAAGUAGCAAGUUUGCUCAACGGUCUCACCAAUGGCGGCGGCAGUGAUGUCUCGAACACGAUUAAUAGUAUAGCUCAAUCCCUUCCUACACAAUUCAGUGCAUUGAUACCUACAGAGGCUGCUGAUAUUUUAAAAAAUUUUGACUAGCUCAUGAGUCAACAAUAAAGAGAUAGUGAUUUUUGUACAUAGAGGAAAAAGACAAAAGGAAAAAAAAAAACCAAAAAA